UGAAGGUUUUGGGUGGGGGAUGAAGAUGCUGAGUGCCGAGGUCCACCUCCAAAAAAUGUGCAACCGCAACUUCAUUCCCCAGAAUGUCCGCAGCCACAUACUUCCCUCUAAAAACACGGAACAAGUAGUUUUGGUACCGACGACGUGUUUUUAUUUACAGCUCAGAAACACCCAGAUUUGUGUUUUAAACAGUGGUAACGGGGUUAUUUUGGACGGUCUCGUUAUUGUAUAUACAUCAAAUAGUAUUUUUCUGAGCACUGGACCGGUGUUAUUUCCAAUCUGUCAUUUUUCUCCCUUCCAGAGCGCGAUGGCGGACGACGCGACUCGGAGGGCGGUGUCGGAGAUCCCGCUGCUCAAGACCAACUCCGGUCCCCGGGACAAGGAGCUCUGGGUGCAGCGGCUCCGAGAGGAGUACCUGGCCCUCAUCAAGUAUGUGGAGAACAACAAGACAGCAGACAACGACUGGUUCCGCCUGGAGUCCAACAAGGAGGGAACCAGGUGGUUUGGGAAGUGCUGGUACAUUCAUGACCUCCUGAAGUAUGAGUUCGACAUGGAGUUUGAUAUUCCUGUAACGUACCCGUCCACCGCCCCUGAGGUCGCCAUCCCAGAGCUGGACGGGAAAACGGCCAAAAUGUACAGGGGGGGGAAGAUUUGUCUGACGGACCACUUCAAACCCCUGUGGGCGCGAAACGUACCGAAGUUUGGAUUGGCUCACCUGAUGGCCCUGGGGUUGGGUCCGUGGUUGGCGGUGGAGAUUCCAGACCUGAUCUCUAAAGGACUGAUCACACACAGAGAGCAGCAGGGAAGCUGAGACCCCCCUUCCCUCUUUGGGAACAUGUUUACUGGUGUGGUCCCAGUGAAGGUGAUGCUGCUGUUUGUUCUGAGAACCAGAAAACAGACUAAUGAUGUGGCUACCGACAUGUGACCACUCACUCUUCUGUUGCUGUAAAAGGCAAUGUUCCUGCGUUCACAUUCAAGUUAAACUCUGCAGUUGUCGGCUCAAUCAGAAAUGACCUUUUAAAUGUCGCACUAUAACACCAUGUUGGAUUGAAUCUCAGCGUAGAUUCCUCUAGAAAACAGGAUAACACCAUGUUUGAUUGAAUCACAGCCUAGAUUCCACUAGAAAACGGGUGUUUUACGAUAUUUAGUCACAUGGCUGAGAAGCAAACUUCAGUGUUUGAGUUGACAGAAUGUUGCUCCUGUGUCUCCUGUAAUAAAACAUGUCUGAUACCCGU